AAUUCCCAAAUUCUAAAAUUAUAUUCCCAAAUCCUCCCAAACGAUUCCCAAAUGAAUGGAAAUAGUUUGAGUGAAAAAUAACAAUUUUACCUGCUAACUAUACGGAGCUCAAAAGUGACAUUAUUCGUAUUUUGAAGUACUACAGCUGCCAAAAUGACGCGAUGGCAAGAAGAAAAACAACGAUAUUUAGAAUUAUCAAUUGAAGAAAAACGAAAAUUAUACACAACAAAAAAUUCAACUGUUCUUUCAAAGAUAUUACCAUGGAAAGCAUACUUUGAAAAGAAUGAAAUACAAUCAUUUACGAAUUUACCAAAAGAUGCAGGAUUUAUUAUGCCUACGUUAGAUGAAAACAGGAAUAUUGAAUUAGCGAAUAAAGUUUCUGUUUGGCAAGGUGAUAUAACAACUUUAGAGAUUGAUGGAAUUGUUAAUGCUGCAAAUAAAUCAUUGCGUGGGGGUGGUGGAGUUGAUGGUGCCAUUCAUAGAGCUGCAGGACAAAUACUUUUAGAAGAAUGUUUUUCAUUAAAUGGUUGUGAAACGGGAAAAGCGAAAAUUACUGGAGGGUAUAUGUUACCUGCAAGAUAUAUAAUUCACACAGUUGGUCCAAUCGGUGAAAAACCAAAAUUAUUGUUAUACAAAUAUAUUGUUAUACAAAAUUGUUAUACAAAUUGUUUAAAUCUUGCUGUAGAGAAUAAUAUAAAAACAAUUGGAUUUCCAUCAAUUUCAACGGGUGUGUAUGGAGAAAGAUAUCCCAUGGAGAAAGCUACAAGUGUGGCGUUAAAUGCUGUAAGAACAUUUUUACAAAAAGGCAAGAAUGCUGAUAAAAUUGAACGAGUUAUAUUUGUUGUAUUCUCGAAUGAUGAUUUACAAACGUACCAUCGUUAUAUGCAAAUUUAUUUCCCAUUAACUGUACCGGAAUCAGAUGAACCUGUAGAACCAAAUCCUGGUCAGAUUAAACUUUAAUUUCGUUUUUUUUAACAUCAUAUUAGAAAUGUUUUUUUCACCAAAAUAAAUUUUUAUAAUUGUUUAAAUUUUUUUCUUAUUUCAAAUUUUCAAUU